AUGUGGAGGUACUGUUGGUGCAAUUCUGACAUGUCCACUGGAAGUUGUGAAAACACGAUUGCAGUCCUCAUCUGUGACUCUCUACAUCUCUGAAGUCCAUCUCAACACUGUGAAUGGUGCUAGCAUCAAUCGAGUAACCAGAGUUUCUCCUGGACCUCUCCAUUGUUUGAAGAUGAUCUUGCAAAAGGAAGGCCCUCGUUCUCUGUUUAGAGGGCUGGGUCCUAAUUUAGUAGGCGUUGCUCCUUCCAGAGCAAUAUAUUUUGCUGCUUACUCAAACUGCAAGGAAAAGUUGAACAGUAUCUUCAGUCCAGAUUCUACCCAGGUACACAUGAUUUCAGCUGGUGUGGCAGAGCUGCCUUUCACUCUGCUCUUUUUCUCUCCACGGUUGUGCGGAAGUUUUACUGCGAUCACAACAACUAAUCCCAUUUGGCUAGUAAAGACACGAUUACAGCUUGAUGCAAGGAAUCGUGGAGAAAAGCGAAUGAGUGCUUUCGAAUGUGUCCAAAAAGUUUAUCGAUCAGAUGGUAUUAAAGGCUUUUACAGAGGAAUGUCAGCAUCCUACGCAGGCAUAUCUGAGACUGUUAUUCAUUUUGUUAUUUAUGAGAGUAUUAAGAGAAAACUACAGGAGUAUAAGACUGCUUCUGCCUUGGACAAUGAGGAUGAAUCGGCAAAAGAACCUUCGGACUUUGUUGGAAUGAUGAUGGCUGCUGCCACUUCUAAAACUUGUGCAACAUCAAUAGCAUAUCCCCAUGAGGUUGUACGAACAAGACUAAGAGAAGAGGGAACAAAAUACAGGUCUUUCUUCCAGACACUAUCUUUGCUUGUACGAGAAGAAGGGUAUGGAUCCCUCUACCGAGGUUUAACUAUGCAUCUGAUCAGACAGAUUCCGAACACGGCUAUCAUGAUGUCAACCUAUGAAGUGGUAGUCUACUUGCUUGAUGGAUAGCAGUGUAACAAGGCUUCCUAGAAGAACAUGGAAGAUUGAAAGACUGGAGUGGACCACUGAAUGUGAAUGCCAAUGUGGUGGGCAAAAGGAAAGUUAUACCAGGAACGUGCAGCUAUGGGCAAAACAGAAGGCUGACUGAGGGCAACUAUGAAUAAUUUUGCUGCCUUAUUGUGUGGUCUCUUGGCAAUGUGACAAAUGCAAACUACCCCUUAGGGAAUGCCUUUAUACAUCUCUUAAUUCAAGAUUGUAACUUUCUUUUCAUCUGUUAAUCUAGACAAGGCCAUUCAGUCCUCUUCAGAGACUUGAUGGGUGAGGGAGGGCAUGUAAAAUAUAUUCUUGGGCAGCCUUAUUUACUUCUCUUAGUGAUUACUCUCAACUACAUCCUUUUUGAUCUGUUUUACUGCACAGUAACCUGUAGGAAGAAUGGGAAAGACAGUACUUUCAUACCUUUCCAUACCUUAAACUUCCAUUCAAUUGCUCUGAAGAUUCAUAAAGAGACUGAGGUAGUAGUCAGUGUGUAAAUUUUUCCAUGUUGCUACCUCAAGACAAAAUAUGGUGCAGGGACCCAGAAUGGAGUUAUUUCUUCACUACAAAA